AAUGCAGUUAAGUGGGGUGUUAUGGCAGUGACACCUGGGGUUGUGGCUUGGGCUAUUAACAUCUUUUUAUUAUCCCCUGACCAGGAAUUCCCACAAGAAGGCAAGGGGAAGACCUCAAGAAUCAACUACAGCAUGCUAUAUGCAUUCUUCAAAGAACUUCUGGUCUGUGACUGGGAGAAGCCUUGCCUACAGGGCAUCAUCAAGCAUAUCAAUACUUUUGUUUUU